CACUGCCCCCUGAGGACGGCUGCCCCCUCUGAGACGGCGUCUUCAGGUCUGAGGAGGAAAUGGAAGUGUGUGCUCAGCCAGUCCCAUCCCAGUGGGUGGAGUUCCUGCUGUUUCCUGGGACAGAAAGUCAGAAUCAGUGGAGUGACCAGCAACAGACAGGCCCUCAGAAGUGAAGACGCUGUGGACUGACUGCAUUGGUGUCCGACCAGAGCACUGCCCAGAGGCGGGAACCCUGUGGAUGCUCUGGACACCACACCACCCACACCCCCUCCCUCCCUUCGCCGUCCUGCCCCCCUCAACCUUCCUGUCGGGGGGGCAGGGCCCCUUGGUAACACAGGCGAUGUUUCAGCUCCCCGUGAGCCUCAAGGAUGUGGUGGUGAGCUUCACACAUGAGGAGUGGGGACGGCUGGACCUGGUCCAGAAGACACUGUACCGCGACGUGACUCUGGAGACAUGUGACCACCUUGUCUCUCUGGGACUUCUGCUCCCCACUGCGGAUGUGACCUCCUGCCUGGAGCGAGGUGCUGGUCCGUGGAGGGCGGGGCAGGAACCGCCCGAAGAGUGGAAGACUUCACUUGAAAAGAAAGAGUCCAGUUCUGAAGAGGCUAUUGGUGUGGAAGAACCAUCCUUCCACAUGGAAAUGAAACGCUGUAUAGAGGGCCCCUGGUCUGUGUCAGUAGGAAAAAUACAGGAUUGGAGGGACCAGCCAGAGGAGCACCAGGAGGAAUCUUUGAGUCAGAUUGUACCUACCUCGGGGGAAAAUGUGUCUGCUAAAGUGGAACAUUGUGAGCAUGACCUUGGCGGAAGUGAUCUGAGUGAAAGCCUUCUACCUCUGACAUUACCUGCAAGAACACAUUUGCACAAACUUGACUCACAGUUUCAAGAGUUGAAACAGAAUUCAGUUUUCAUUAAUCAUCAGAAAGGUGGUGCCCAUCUGCAGCCCUGUGAAAAUCUUGAAAGUGCCAGGGCCUUCUCUCAGAGCAUUCACUUGAAUAAACUUGCAAAUGUUGAAACGGGAAAUAAUAAGACUUAUGAUUAUACUGUUGACAGUGAUUCUUUCCUCUAUGGCACAUAUGUGCGUUUCCAUAAUAGAAGUUUUUCAGUAGAGAACAGAGAUGAUUGUAAGGACAUUGGAUAUGUUAAGCACAGCAUGUCCCUGAAAGAAAACAAGCCAGUGCAUUUUGGAAAAAGUCAGGACACAUGUGACAAACGCAUUGUACAAACUGAAAUAAUUGUCGGUGAUCCUGGAUGUGAGGAGGAUUAUGGUGCCUUCUGUGCGGCCUCAUCUGUUCAUGACGGUGACAUCAUCCAGACCAGAAAGAAGCCACGCGCAUGUAAUCUACGUGGAAAAUCCCGUAGCUGUUGCUCUGAGCUUGCGCACCAGAGGACACACACUGGAGAGAAGCCAUAUACCUGCAGUCAUUGUGGAAAAGCUUUCAAAUGGAGAUAUCUCCUCGUUGCGCAUGAGAGAACGCACACUGGAGAGAAGCCUUAUCAGUGUCACCUGUGUGUGAAAUCCUUUAGGGGUCCGUCAGCUCUUCUAAAACACAAGAGAACCCACACGGGUGAGAAACACCAUAAUUGUAAUGAUUGUGAAAAGUUCUUUAACUGGCAGCGUCACCUUACUAGGCAUCAGAGAAUUCAUAGUGGAGGGAAACCGUACUUGUGUACUCGCUGUGGAAACUCCUUCAGCCGUAGCUCUGACUUUGUUGCACAUAAAAGGAUUCACAGUGGAGAGAAACCAUACGAAUGUAACCACUGUGGGAAAUCUUUCUGGGAGCGAAAACAGCUUCGUGCGCAUCUGCGAACUCAUGCUGGAGAGAAGACAUUUUAUGAAUGCAGUCAUUGUGGGAAAGUUUUCAAAUGGAGGUCUCACCUCAUUUUGCAUCAGAGAACACACACUGGAGAAAAGCCUUAUGAGUGUAUUGACUGCGGGAAAGCCUUCAGUGAUGGGUCAUCUCUUAGAAAACAUGAGAGAACACACACUGGCGAGAAACCCUACCACUGCGACCAGUGUGGGAAAUCUUUUCGGCAACAGUCACAGCUUGUCGUGCACAAGCGAACCCAUACUGGGGAGAAACCUUAUGAAUGCGGUCAUUGUGGGAAAGCUUUCUGCCAGAGAUCUGGCCUCAUUGUGCAUCAGAGAACACACACUGGAGAGAAGCCCUAUAAGUGUAAAAUUUGUGUUAAAGCCUUCAGCCAGAGAUAUCUCCUCAUUGUGCAUCAGAGAACACACACUGGAGAGAAGCCCUAUCAGUGUGCCAUGUGUGUGAAAGCCUUCAGUGGUCGUUUAGCUCUUAAAAAACACGAGAAGACACACAUGGUCGAGAAACCCCAUGAAUGAAUGUAAUCAUUGUGAAAAAGUUCUUUAUGGGGCAGGCACCAGUGAAUUCACACUGGAGAGACCAUAUUUGUGUGCUCAUUGGGGAAAGUCCUUCUGCUGUAACUAUCUUUCUUGCACAUAAAAGGAUUCACACUGGA